GCCUUGUCGACUUUAUCUGGGCUAGCUAGUUAGCUCAGAGUGUUAAACAUCUCAAGCCGAGUGGCUUUUUCCUCCACUCCUCUUUCGUGAAUCGUCCCCAGUUGCAGGGCACCCCUGGUCUAUCUCCAGCCGUUGCGACUCUGCAUCUAAGAGGCGACGGCAACGUUGACCACCAAAUUUCUACGUGCAGUUCAGAAAGAUCCUGCUAAUCACAUCUCAGCCGCACCAUGGCGCCCAUGCUAAUUGGCCAUCUUGACCCCAGAACACCUGGAGAUUUUGCCUCGUGGCUGCGUGAAGCCCGGAGCUAGCUCAUCACCCUGUCCGCAAGCUUCCUAGCGUCCUGUGUGUCUGGAGUCUGUGUUUGUCAAUGGAGCGAGGCGAUGAGCCGACCCUGGAAAGAAAAGGGAAGCUCUGUUCAGCUCAGGCCCGGUUGGUGUCGUGAAUAAAUUCCCGACUGUCGGCCCUUCAUGCCCGAGGAUUGCUUUUUGAAGGAAAUGCUGCUUUUCGCUCAUAUUCAUCUGUAGAAGUGGCUGUCUUGCUUUGGACUUGACAUCGACCCCUAACAUUGUCUCAAGACAUCCGACUCUCACCAGUUUCAUUAUCUCGAAUACACAAUCCUCACAAUGAAGGGUGCUGUUCUUUCCGUCCUGGCCAGUGGUGCUGCUGCUCAGAUCACAUCAAUGCCUUUUGCUGCCCUCGGUCUGGGUCCUCGUGUCUUCCAGAACAACGCCAUCAACCCUACCGACCCCGAAUACUCGACCUGCCAGCAAGCUGUUGGGAUUGUCCAGGACUGUGUUUCUUCUGUUGGUGGUCUCGACGCUGCUGCCACUGCUGAUCCUUCAGCUCUCAUGGCUUGCGCAUGCUGUGAUGGACGCAGCAACGCUGCUCCUCUUUACUCAGUCUGCUCCAACUACCUAGAGGAUGAGGCUCCUGAGAACACCUCUCAAUACGAAGCUUAUGGUACUCUGUACAGUGCUUGCAGAUUGAACGCCAGAUGUACUGGUGGUUCUGGUGGCAGUGGUGGUUCUGUCAGCGAUAGCCGUCCUACAGCAACUUCAGACGAUGAAGAUCUCUCUACCAUUACUUCCGCCACCAGCCCUGCUGAGCAGACAUACGCUGCAGCCUGUUUGUACAUGCUCGAUAUCUUCACUUCUUGCACAGCUGAGGAUCGCCAAUUCACUGAGCUUCCUCCCAGAGAGCAGGCCGAGUGCUACUGCUGCCGUGGCUCUGGUUCCCGCCGCACCUGGACUGAUGAGCUCGACAAGUAUGCUUCCACUUGCGCUGACUGGGCCCGUACUGGCGAGCCCAAGACCGCCUACUCUGUCGCCAAGAACCUUGCUACUUUCUGCGACCGCUUCGACGACGUCUGCUCUCCCUCUGUCACCCGCACCCAAGACUCCGGAUCCAGCGAGACCGACGAGGCCAACACCACCGAGGACUCCGGUUCUCGCCAGACUGGAGCCUCUGACAAUGAUGCCUCCACCAGCGAGAACUUGGGUGCCAUCACAGUCACAGUUCCUGCUCAGCCUUCCAACAGUGGCGACAGCGGCAACAGCGCUUCUUCCGCCCGUGUCGGCGUCGGCUCUGUCCUCGCUGCCGUUGCUGCUCUGGCUAUUGCUCUGUAAGAUGGCUUGUGAUGAUUGAACCGAGAAGCGACCAAACUUAUUCAUGAGGUUCAAUUUCCGAGAAGAUGUAGUGGAUCUAACGACUUAUCCGGGUUAUUUAAUGAAGUGCUGUAGGGAAACUCAUGAACAAUGCGCAGUCUUAUCAGGAUAUCCUUGGCAUUUGAAGCGCUUUCGUAUAUAGAAUCAUAUUCGUGAUUCAUAAUUCACUUUUUUUUUUAUCUACCAGCGCCUCUUGAUUGCUGUAUAUGCCUUCUAUUCCGUUGUCAAAUCGAUGUUGACCC